GCCGCGCGGAACCCGAACAGUUUUUCCGAGCAGCCGCCAGGCUCAGCCUCGCUCCAGGCCCCGCCACGCCACCCAGGGACCUGCUAUGGCCACGUCUAUACUUGGGGAAGAGCCGCGCUUCGGAACGACCCCGUUGGCCAUGCUGGCGGCGACCUGUAACAAGAUCGGCAACACGAGCCCGCUGACGACGCUGCCGGAGUCGAGCGCCUUCGCCAAGGGCGGCUUCCAUCCCUGGAAGCGCUCCUCGUCCAGCUGCAACCUCGGGUCCAGCCUCUCGGGCUUCGCAGUGGCCACCGGCGGCCGCGGCUCGGGCGGCCUGGCGGGAGGCUCGGGCGCAGCCAACAGCGCCUUCUGCUUGGCCUCCACGUCCCCUACGUCGUCCGCUUUCAGCAGCGACUACGGCGGCCUCUUCUCCAACUCGGCGGCGGCCGCGGCGGCAGCGGCCGGCGUGUCCCCGCAGGAGGCGGGCGGCCAAUCGGCCUUCAUCUCCAAGGUGCACACGACGGCGGCCGACGGCCUGUACCCGCGCGUGGGCAUGGCGCACCCGUACGAGUCGUGGUACAAGUCAGGCUUCCACUCGACGCUGGCGGCGGGCGAGGUGACCAACGGCGCUGCGUCGUCGUGGUGGGACGUGCACAGCAGCCCGGGCUCGUGGCUGGAGGUGCAGAACCCCGCUGGGGGGCUCCAGAGCUCGCUGCACUCGGGCGCCCCCCAAGCCUCGCUGCACUCGCAGCUCGGCACCUACAACCCCGACUUCAGCUCGCUCACGCACUCGGCCUUCAGCUCCACGGGCCUCGGCUCCUCGGCCGCCGCCGCCUCGCACUUGCUCUCCACCAGCCAGCACCUGCUGGCCCAGGACGGCUUCAAGCCGGUGCUGCCCUCUUACUCGGACUCCAGCGCCGCGGUGGCGGCCGCCGCAGCCAGCGCCAUGAUCUCGGGCGCCGCGGCCGCCGCCGCCGGGGGGNCGGACCGCCGCUCGCCUGCCAAGCCAGGAGCUCCCCUCUGCUGCCCGAGUCCAGAAGAGAAUCGAACGCGUGUUCCAGGAACAAAAGCGAACCAACUUGCGACACAAACACUUUAAAAAACUGCACACACAGACACACACGCCGGAGACCUACAACCACAAGCACGCACA